GCUGUAGUUGAGUGGCGCUCUGCGUGUCCGUCACGUCCGGGUCCGUGAUCACAACACAGCAUGGCUGCAUGAGUUACUGCUGCAGCUUCUCACGUCUCUGUGCUGCUUGAACCUCAACACACACCAGUCCGACAUGCCACCUAAAGGAAAAGGAGGAAAGGGCGGGAAAGACGGCGGUAAAGGAGCUGCCUCAGGAGGUGGAGACACCGACAAGAAGGAAAAGGCACAAAAAGGUGGCACUGCUGUCAAGGUUCGGCACAUCCUGUGUGAAAAGCACGGGAAAUGCAUGGAGGCGAUGGAGAAGUUGAAGUCCGGAGUCCGUUUCAGCGAAGUAGCGUCACAGUACAGUGAAGACAAAGCCAGACAAGGAGGCGAUCUGGGCUGGAUGACACGAGGAUCGAUGGUGGGACCCUUCCAGGAUGCAGCGUUUGCCCUCCCCGUCAGCACCAUGGAUAAACCUGUUUACACAGAUCCCCCCGUCAAGACCAAGUUUGGCUACCACAUCAUCAUGGUAGAAGGCAAGAAGUGAGCGAGAGCAGCCCCAGAAAUGCAAGUUGGUUUUGUGGAACUGAUCGUUUCUUGGCCUCAUGCAUCCUCUUUCUUUGCAUUAUGUUUCUGUUUCUUAUGAGGAGUUAAUGAAGCAAGGAAAUUAAAUGAUGGAGUGGAAUGUU